AUGGACUCUGAACAUAACUUUGCUUCAACUGUUGGAGGUGGCUCCUCAUCCAGUUUGAAGUCCAAAAUCUUGCAACUAGAGAACCACAUGGGCAACAUCAUCGAGGAAAUUAACCUUCAGAAGAGGGAAGUCCAAAUGCUAAGAUCUGAGAAAGAAACUUUAGAAGAAGUUUUAACGAGAAAAGCUGAGGAUAUGAAGAAAGCUCUUGAAGAAGAAUGCGGUAGGGUAGAUUCUGACAUGAGACAAUCUUUCAAGGGUCAAAAGGCUCUUAAUAACAAGCUCCAGCAGCAAGCCACACUUCUUAAGCAGGAGAAAACUAAUUUGCAGCAAAAUUUACUAGCUCUACAGAGACGUAUCGGAGAACUGGAAUUGCAGGUCGGCUCUACAGGAGAAUAA